AUGUAAGUCUGUCGUAUGUGUUAGUUUUCUGUGUAGAUAUUAAUCUGAGUUAUAGUGUGGUGUUGAGCAUCAUGACAGAUAAUGAAAUGACUGAAUCCAAUGACCACAGUUCUUCAUUCAAACUCAAGUUUAAAAUAGUCUGGACUCUAGUCAAACAUAAGUGCACUGGCCUCAACAAGUUCAUCUCUAGAAAGUUAACCAGACUACAAGAGAGGAGACUGUAUAGACAAAGAGCAAGUUGUUCUAUUUAUGACCUGGUAGAAAAAGUUGCAUACCUUGAAAGUCGACUUGAAGAUGUCUCAAUGUGUGUCUCAGAAUGUUUGAAGAAAGAUAACUCUUUGCCGAUCGGUUUCUGUGCUUACGUCCCUUACACAGUCAAACUUCAAGCGCAGGCAACUCUUAACUGUUUCUACUUGAUCAAGUGUAACCAUGGAAGCGGCUUCAAUGCCAGCACCGGUGUUUUUACCGCUCCUAGCGAAGGACUCUACUUCGCGAGUAUCACUCUGGGCAUUGUGGGCAGUGAGAAGGUGGAUGCCCUUGUUGUCAAGGACAGCGGAGGCAGGCGAGACGUUGUGGCCAAAGUGAGCUCUGGCACCCAGGGCACCUGCGCCUGUGCCACGGCUGUGUUUAUCAUGUCAAAGCAGGAUACGCUCUACGCAGAGUCUAUAGGUGAUUGUAGUCGUCCCAAAUCUUUAUCAUGUUUCUCUAGCUUCGUUUGUUUUAAGAUAAAGUAGUCUAUCCAUGCUUUGACCCUUAUGUUGUUCUAAGGUCGAUAUGUGGUACAGUUAAAGUACAGCGUUUCUUAAUAUUUACAAAGUUUAUAUCAAGUCACUCUGUCUGUCUGUCAGUCACAAAUUUUGUACACGUUAUUUCUCCCACUUGCCAUUCUCGGAUUAAUAUUAAACUAUUGAAUGCCGGGCGUGUUUAAGUACAAAUUGAUCUCCAUUUCUUACUUUGUCAUAGUAGAAAAUGUCUCAUUGAAUUUAGAAAGAUAUUUAUAAAUAAAAUAUAAAUGAGUGAGAAAGGUUUACAAAUUAACAAUAGGAUUAAGACUAAAAAAAACAUUUUAAUGCCGAUGUAUUUAGGUUUUACCCCUUAUUUUUUUUUUUAUUUUUUUUAAAGGAAACCUCAGAACUUGCGCUAUUCAGUUUUAGCUUUAUCAUCAUAUGAAUCCUUGGGCCUUAGGCCUCUUUUCUUUGCCUCUUUUUUGGGCUAUGUCCAAUGUCGAUGUUUCUCUUUUGCCUUUAUCGCGAAUCGCAUUUUAAAAUACAAAUUAUAUACAUUAUCAAAUAUGAUAUUGUUUAGCUUCUUCUCGCUUGACUAAAAUGAGGAAUUCAAAGAUGCAGAAAUAUUGAGCGGAUUAAAUAACGCUAAUCAUCUAACGCGUUAACAAGUAGAAAUUGAAACUUUGCAUAAUUAUUCAUAGUCGAUGACAUUGCACGAAUCUAAAGAUUAAUUUAAUGUUGGAAAAAUAGAGUUAAACUUUUCAGUAUUGUGAGAUAUGACUUUCAGUAUACGCUUAUUUCCUCUGAACAUGCGUUAUUUUAAAAACUAUUUUUCAAUUUUUUUUAAAAUUUUGCUUGUUUAUCUAUAUAAGAGUCUAGCAUCCUCUGAAUAAAUAAGAUAUUGUUUUGUUCUUGUUGUAUACACAGUAGACCUUCUUUUUAAUAUAUAUUAGUGAUGGCGUCAUCAUAGUCGGUGUCACCCGGUGCGGUAAGCUUGGGAUGUCAUCCCCCCCACCCCCACAAAGAAAAAAAAAUAAUAUCGCCCUAAAAAAACAACUAUUUCUUGUUUUAUUAAUGUUGAACAAUGAAACUGUACGCUAAUUCAUUGAUUGGUUACACCCGAGAAUAGUUUUCUAUUCUAAUUUAAAAUGUCAUUGUCUUUGACAUUUUAUCAAAAUGUAUUACAUAAAUUAAAAAUUUACAAUUAUAGAAUUGAGAAACCUUGAGUCGAACGUAUUUUUUUUCUAGAGAUUAUUAACCACAUGGUUGGAGAAUAGAAAGCUUUACUAAUUGUGUAUUUGAUAUUUUUCAUUGGAUUAUGACUAAUUUCUGUGAAGUAUUCCAUGAGAUUUAUUGAUAGCUGAAGUUACCUAUUUAUUGUGAACCGUUCAUUUAUCAUAAUUAAAAUAUUGUUUGCUAUCUCGUGAGU